GGUGUGCGCGCGCACGGGACGGAACCACUGAGGCUGAGGGAGCGCGCACCUCAACGCCAGCUGUCCUCUGAGGGAGACCCUUGCCACCCCUCCCCAAAAUACAUGUCUGCAUCCUCAAAAAAUAGUCUUUUAUUUUUCAGCUUUUGAGGACCCACUUAUACAUUCGCUCUCUUCGAUAAUACUGCACAGCUCUCGCCUAUCGACCACCAGCAGCACAGCAACGCCCAUAGCAACGCCUCCUCUGCACAUCCUCCAUCUGUUUCUCUGACCCAGCAACACCGGCCGCCCUCCACCACCAACAAACAACCUGUUUUUAAACGACCUUACAAACGUUGGAUCCAUACCACACCGUUGUGUUUUGUUUUUAAGGCAAAGGACCAUGAACGCGCUGUGUGCAGUCUCUUUUUCAUCAGUCAAAGUCACUCAUCAUUUUGAAAGCCCUUCCUCGAGUUGAAACAUUGAGGGAUUCUCUUCCCUUGAACUCACCUGGAAGUUCUGGCCUAUCAAGGAACUGGCAGCGGCACGGGAGCUCCGCCCACCACACCCUCUAAAUGAGGGACAAGGCCACUCAGACCCCUAGGGCCUGGGUAGAUGAGCGGAGGAGAGGCUCUCACAAGCGAUCGGCUUCUUGCGGCAGCACUGACCAGCUGAAAGAGAUCGCAAAAUUGCGACAACAGCUCCAGCGUAGCAAACGCAGCAGCCGUCAUCGCCGGGACAAAGACCGCAAGUCCCCCUUUAAUGGCAACCAUGCUAUCAUCCAGUCACAGUCUCAGAUGCCUAAAACCAUCCUGAUUCCCAUCCCCAUCUCUAAGUCCACACCUCCAAGAUUUCGGAACAGCAUAGAGGGGCUCAACCAGGAGAUUGAACGCAUCAUCAUACGGGACACUGUGGAACGAGAUGAGAUCAUAAUACCACAGGAUGUUCCUGAUGGGCACCGCGCGCCCCCUCCCCUCCCCCAGCGCAGCAGCAGCACACGCAGUAUUGACACACAGACGCCCUCGAACGGUGGGCUAGGCAGUAACCGUAGCAACAGCAGCAGCCGAGCUGACUCAGUCUCACCCUCGUACCUCAGCAUCCUCAACGACACGGUCGGAAACAGCCCACUCGAUGACACGCUCAAUGAGAGCAAAGAAAGGGACCUGGGACCUUGGUCUCCUCUGCCCAAAUAUGCUUCAUCUCCAAAGCCCAACAACAGCUAUAUGUUUAAACGUGAGCCUCCGGAGGGCUGCGAGAAAAUUAAAGCUUUUGAAGAAAACCAGCCAAGGCCUCUCCAAGAUAUUCCUCAAUAUCUCUGCCCAGACAGAAACAAGGUGAACUUCAUUCCCAAAAGCGGAUCUGCUUUCUGUCUGGUGAGCAUCUUAAAGCCUUUGCUACCCACCCAGGAGCUGAACUUCCGUAGCGGGGUGGGAUACCGUAGUAUCUCGCCCUCCUUGGUGCCUCUGGGUGGGGUUGGGGUUAGGAGCUUGUCCCCCUCCAUGGGUUCCGUCCUUUCCCGUGGACGUCAGUCACCAUGUCUCCCACGACACCUUGAGGAGCCAGAGGGUUAAAAUGGAAACGAAGGAACCUCAGCUGAUGAAAAGAGAUGUCAUUUUCCCACACUCCCGUAUUGUCUGAUAGAGUCAGAGCUUUGUUAAGAUUUUAUUUAAGAACAUGUUCUGAACAACUUCGAGAGAUAUCAGUUUGAAACUUGAACAAGAGUUUUUUUUAGUUGUUGUUAUUUAAGGGUAAUGGUAUUAUAUGUCAAAUGAAGGAUCAAAAGGAGGUUUUCAAUAUGGUGUACAGAAGCAUUUUUAGCAUUGCACUGCUUUUUACUUUCUCAACGAUUUAUUGUAUUUUACCAUGAAGCCUUUGAAUUUUCUUAUGUAUAGCUGCAUCCUUUAACCUACACAAGAGUCUGAAAUCAUUUUUAAUGUUUUUGAAAGGUCUCUUAUGCUGCAUUUAUUUGACUAUUUUGUAUUUGAAUACAUUUUAAAAUGUAAUUUAUUACUGUGAUGGCAAUGCUGAAUUUUUAGUAUCAUUGCUCCAGUUUUCAGUGUCACAUGAUCGUUCAGAAAUGUUGAUUCGGUGCUCAAGAAACAUUCUUAUUAUUAUCGAUGUUGAAAACAGUUCUGCUUAAUAGUUUUGUGGAAAUUGUAAUACACUACCAUUCAAAUUUUUGGGAAAAGUUUAAAAAAAAAAGAAAAAGUAUUUUCCAUCACAGGAAAAAAUAAAGGCUAAAAUAAUAUAGAAUACUGUUGUAAUGAUAUUUCGCAAUAUUGCCAUUUUACGUUGUUGUUUUUUUUUUAUCAAAUAAAUGCAGCUUUGGUGAGCAUGAAAGAUGUCUUUCAAAAACAUUACGUUUGACCUGUAGUGUAAAUGUAGUAAGUGAUUUGAUUUACUGAGGAAAUGUAGGUUUUAGGUCACAGUUUUGCUUGCUUAUAGUUUACAUCCAGUUUAAAUAGUGCUGGAAAAACAACCAGAAAUGUUGUAGCAGAUUUGAGGAGGACUAAAAAAUGUGCCUGACUCCCACCACCUGUCCCCUGUUUGCUUACAGUCCUUUUUCUAUCAUCGUCUGACCCUGCAUUCGUCUCGGCCCCUUAAAUGUAUAGAGCCCUUCCCCAUAUACGUAAACCUGUAUGUGCUUAAUGUGAUUAGCUGGUGAGAGGAAGUUUUGUUGGUACAUGAACAGUCUGACACGCAUUAGGUGGAGACGUCGAUCAAAUGUACAGGACAGUAUUAUGAUUAUGAGUUCUGCUGUUAAAUUUAAACAUUAGUUCAACUGAAAGGUGCCAUUACUGUCAUUUCAAUAUAGUGAAGGAAAAUGGAUUACAUUGGAUAUGAAAGACUUGUCAUGAAACAGCAAGAGAAAAGAGAUACAAACUAUUUCAAAGAAAGGCAUGGCUUUAGCUAGUAGUGAUCUGAAAAUAUACUGAUUUGAACUGUAGCAACUUUAUACUGUGAAAUAUUCCAUUAUUCAUACAGUAAAGCUUCCUUUCUUCCAAAAAAAAGUUGAUGAAAGACAGGCAAUCCUGAACAAAAUGUAAUGUAUGUAUGUAAUUGCCUUAAUACUGAAUUGAAAUAGGGAAGUGUGUAAAUUAGACAGGUGCCUGUUAUUCCAUUUGUUUUAGUUAUUACCAGAUUCUUUUCUUCUGUGAAUAAACUUCAAGAUCGUUGUAACUCUGGUUUGUUAAAGGUACACUAACAUUUUGCCCUCUAUUGUUUUGUUUUUUUUAAGAACCCUGCAUGCAUGCAUUUUGCAGAACAACACUGUUUUGGUUGUGCGUGACCCUGCAGAUGAAUUUGGUUAUCCUACUGUUCAUAAAACAUUCGCAGUAAGGCUUAAGAGAUAUAACCAGUUUAUUGGACAGGAUCUCAAGCUGACUGUGGCUAUAGGCUGGCUACCCAUAUGGCCUACUUUCUUUUAAAGAACAAAAAUUCCAGCAAAGAACAUCCACACCCUUCACCAUAGAUAAUGCUUUACAAUGAACUCUGUUAUAGAGCUACAUUUGGCAAAUUAUCUGUUUAAUAAAAUAUCUAACCUACUGAAUUCAUAAUAAAAACGUCAUCUCCCCGUCGCUUUUAUAACAGUUCAAAACCACAGUUGUCAUCAUCUCCGAAGCCAAUGUUGUUAAGGGUUUUAGUUCAGCCAAAAAUGAAAAUUAAGUCAUUAACGUUAAUUACUCACCCCCAUGCUGCACCAACCCCGUAAGACCUUCGUUCAUCUUCGGAACACAAAUGAAGAUAUUUUCGAUUAAAUUUGAGAGAUGGAUCACUAACGUUAACCACAUAGGCACCCUAUAGGAUCGAAACUUGACGGCCCAGAAAGUCAUUGAAGAAAAUGUUUAAACAUUCCAUGUGACUACAGUUGCUUAACUAUAAGUUUAUUAAGCGACGAGAAUACUUUUUGUGCGGAAAAAAAAACAAAAAUAACGACUUUAUUCGACUAUUCCUUUUCUUCCUUGUAGGCCUGAGACGAGAGUUCCACGACGCAUGCGCGAGAACUGCGAUCUUACUCUGCUCUUUGUUCAGUUAUCGCGGAUGCGUCGUGGAAAUCUCUUCAACUCUCAUGAUUAAUUAAUGACUUAAUUUUCAUUUUUGGGUGAACUAACCCUUUAAUUAGUUUCGUAUAAGUUUUGUUCUAUUUUUGCGAGGUUACUCAUAUGUUCGGCUCCAUUUCAAACUUACUUGCUCGUUGUGGCAAGACAACUAACCAAUCCCACUCCCACACGAAAUAAAAUCAAAUCCGCUACUGACAUAAAUGACGAGACCUGCACAGGCAAUUAAACGAAAACCAUAACCCUAACCCUAGCUUUAAAAUAUAAACACUUAUAAUAGGCUUCCCAUUAAAAAAAAGUUUUGAAAGAAGCAUCAAUGUGUUGACUCAUUCUUUAAUUUUCGUCAAUUUUGAACAAAAAAGUUUUUUAUUGUGUACCUUUGACACACACACAAGAUUUUUUUGGCAACAUGGAAGAUAAAAAAAUGAGAAAAAAACUGAAACAAUUCUACUCAAAUUUAUUUGCUCUCAAGAUCUCCCACAUUCCAGUUUCCAUCAAUGAAAUUGUACAAGUACAUUAUUUUUAACUGAAACAAAAGGCAAAGUUGCAUAAAAUAAACAGAUGAAAGCA